UUUCUUCUGAACUGUUACCCGGAAAUUAUACUAGAAGAACAGGGACACGGAUUGCUAGAGCUGCUGUUGUUAUUCCCCGAUCCUAAACGCCGUACGUUAGUUAAAUACACCAGAAAAUGGGGAGAUAGUAUAUUUCAUAGUUAAUCAAGUUUUACAGCUUAGUAGCUACCUUUAUUAAGAUUGCGUUGAACAGAUACGACACCAGCCCUUGCCACCAGCAUGGCAAACAAUACUACCGCGCCAGGGAAGGUCCUGGGCACACCUGGACCCGCUGGAAGGCCUUCGGAGGGAAGCCAGGUCCUGAGUAAGAAAAAACUGCAGGACUUGGUCCGGGAAAUCGACCCAAAUGAGCAGCUUGAUGAGGAUGUGGAGGAGAUGCUGCUGCAGAUCGCUGAUGACUUCAUUGAGAGCGUGGUGACUGCUGCCUGUCAGUUGGCUCGUCAUAGGAAGUCCAGCACCCUGGAAGUGAAGGAUGUCCAGCUACACCUGGAACGCCAGUGGAACAUGUGGAUUCCGGGCUUCGGCUCCGAUGAGAUCCGCCCGUAUAAGAAGGCAUGCACCACAGAGGCCCACAAACAGAGAAUGGCACUGAUCCGCAAAACGACCAAAAAGUAGCCAGACCCAGAGCCCACACGACAAAAUCCUUUUUUCAAACUUUUUCUGCUUUCUCUCGGGUUAUUAAAGGGUUGGGAUUGACAAAGCAAUUGGUUUAGGGGGAGGGUUGGGCGAUCAGGGGUGGGUUAGGGUGCGUGUGCAUCUCCAGCCGCAGAUGCUUACUCAACCAGUAUUUCUUUAAAAAAAAAAAAAAAAAAAAACGUCAGAGUGAUGUGUCUACCAGUGAUUCAUCACUGUCAUCAUCUUUUCCGACUCUUUCUUUGCGUCGUGUGUUUGUGAUCAUCUUCUGCCGCUGCUACGGAAAGCGUUUCCAAGCGGGCAGGUCGUCUCAUCCUCUGCCUGCUGUGGUGUGCUCACAUUUCAAGGGCAUUCAGCAGAAAACCUGUUUGUUAGCAGCAUCGUUUCACUGGUCUCCGAUCAUCCAUUGCAUGGUUUGUUUGGCGCCGUACAUCAUCCAUUCCAGCUGACACAGAGAAAAUACUCACCGUUCGAAUAUAAACGUGUCAAUGUGAGCACACCGGCUAUAUAUGGCAAAAUAUCCCCAGCAGUACUCCUACGAGUGUCUUGGCUGCAACAGGCUAGACAUGUGGAGUGCAGAUGCUCCUAUGUACAUCAAGCUAAUUAACAGCUUAUCUACUUAGCUGUCCACACAACUAAACUGCCCUCAUCUGUGAAAAUCAGGUCUCCGUAAUACACACGGACGCAUAGAUAAGAAUCUGUACCCUGUAUGGGUAUCUGUUUAUGCUGACACGCAUACAUAUAUAUAUAUUUACUAACCCACAAGGAAAGAAAUGCAGUCAAUGUUAACUGUAAUGCCAAGCGUCAUAGUCUGAAUGUUUGACGUGUGUUCAUUUCCCCCCCCCUCUGCCAUCCUGCUUCACUUUUCAGUAUUUAGUGAGAAUCUUCUUGCCAGGAAUUCUCCUCGCCCCCUGUUUUCAUUUUUAUACUGGUUUGGAUCAACACUUAUUUGUAAGGAUGCUCCUGAAAGGUGACUACGUUUUUCUCGAGGCUUGAUAUACAAGUCUCUUUCAGCUUGUCUUUCCAGGCACCAUGUAAACUACAUAGACACUUGUCCCUACUCACAUUUAACUAGCUAGGUAGAUUUUUUUGUCAAGUCAAGUUUCUUCUUCCAGUUUCUGUUAAAGAGUUGGCAUGUGUUUGCAGUCCUGUGUCUUAGAAUUGUUCAAAGUGGUAGAAUAUUAUUAAUUUUUUCUUUCAAUUCUGAAGUAAUACUGUACCCUCAGCCCCACAAGCAGAGAGACUCAACCUGACAUGAUUUAUGAAUCAUUAUUGUUUUUGGUGCUUUUUCUCCCUCAGUGUUUCUUUGGACACUGGAAAAGAUGUUAGUCAACUGUUUUUGUUUCUGAAGGACACAGAAAAUUAUGAGCUGAGUGUUAGUGUAUUUUUUUUCUGUUUUGUCUUGGUGGUGGAAAAGAAAAUGAUCUGAAAGAGAAAGCAGAGGAAGAAGCCUGGCCAUUAUCACCAGUCUUUUUGUGUGUGUGUGUCUGUGAGGGGUUGGGGUGGGCUGGGUGGGUUUUGUUUUGAAAGAUUCAUUAUUAUUUUUUUUGACCUUGUAUCACAAUGUUUGAGUAUAACCUGUGUUUUGAUUUUUGUUUUCCAUAAAUGAAUAAAAAAAGUUAAAAUGACAAAA